ACCAGGCGUUUCAGAGAAGGGUCGGGGGAUUUCCCAUGUUCUCCCUAAAAUGCCUGGUCCUUCCGCCGCUGGCCAUGCUGGGAGUUAUAGUCUUUUGCCUCCCAUCCCUUCCAGUUUUCUGGGAAUAUUGAGAUAGUCCCGCCUCCUAGAACUACAAUUCCCAGAAGGCCGUGGGGCGACCUCAGCCACCUACCCAAGUCUUAUCCUCUGUGACUACGACCCCCAGACGGCACCGCAGCGCCGUGGCGGGGAAUGGGAAAGAGAAUCCGGCCGGGGAGGGAGCGGCUGCGGCUGCGGCUGCGCAGUUCGCGGCUUCCUGAGUGGCUGGCGGCGGCGGCCAUUUUGUAGUGCUGCCUUCCCUCUCUUGCUCGGACUGCAGUGUCGGGACCUGGCGCGGGGGCGAGACUGAGCGAGGGGAGCUGGGGCCCUCACCUUCUCUUCCCUUCUCAGUGCGCGGCGGAGCCCCCCCCCCCCAGCGCGCCCCCCCGGAGACAGCUAGGAACGGCCCUCACGCGCCGUGAUGGAAGACGACGGGCAGCCCAGGACCCUCUAUGUAGGAAACCUCUCCAGAGACGUGACUGAAGUACUUAUACUUCAGUUAUUCAGCCAGAUUGGACCAUGCAAAAGCUGUAAAAUGAUAACAGAGCAACCCGAUAGCAGAAGGGUCAACUCUUCUGUUGGAUUUUCUGUUUUGCAGCAUACAAGCAAUGACCCUUAUUGCUUUGUGGAAUUUUAUGAACACAGAGAUGCAGCUGCUGCAUUAGCUGCUAUGAAUGGGAGAAAAAUUUUGGGAAAGGAGGUCAAAGUAAACUGGGCAACAACACCGAGUAGCCAGAAAAAAGAUACAUCCAAUCACUUCCAUGUAUUUGUUGGGGAUCUAAGUCCAGAAAUAACAACAGAAGACAUCAAGUCAGCAUUUGCUCCUUUUGGUAAAAUAUCGGAUGCACGGGUAGUUAAAGAUAUGGCAACUGGAAAAUCAAAAGGCUAUGGUUUUGUAUCAUUUUAUAAUAAACUGGAUGCAGAAAAUGCAAUUGUGCACAUGGGAGGCCAGUGGUUGGGCGGCCGUCAGAUCAGAACUAACUGGGCAACACGAAAACCACCUGCUCCUAAAAGUACACAAGAAAAUAGCACGAAACAGCUGAGAUUUGAAGAUGUAGUAAAUCAGUCAAGUCCAAAAAAUUGUACUGUUUACUGUGGAGGAAUUGCCUCUGGACUAACAGAUCAACUUAUGAGGCAGACAUUUUCACCAUUUGGACAGAUUAUGGAAAUAAGAGUUUUCCCCGAAAAAGGUUACUCAUUUGUCAGGUUUUCAACCCAUGAAAGUGCAGCACAUGCUAUUGUUUCAGUCAAUGGAACUACAAUUGAAGGACAUGUUGUUAAAUGCUAUUGGGGUAAAGAAUCCCCUGAUAUGACUAAAAACUUCCAACAGGUUGACUACAGUCAGUGGGGGCAAUGGAGUCAAGUCUAUGGAAAUCCACAGCAGUACGGGCAAUAUAUGGCCAACGGAUGGCAAGUACCAUCUUAUGGAAUGUAUGGUCAAGCAUGGAAUCAACAAGGAUUUGGAGUAGACCAAUCUCCAUCUGCUGCCUGGAUGGGUGGAUUUGGUGCUCAGCCUGCCCAGGGACAAGGUGCUCCUGUAAUACCUAACCAAGCUGGAUAUGGUAUGGCAAGUUACCAAACACAGUGAGCAGGGACUCUGUUUAAACGUGUGUAUUUCAUGAUAGGCUUCAGUUUCCAGUGAUACUCUGAAGACUGGAAUGUAGACACCGGAAGAAGAAAAUAUUUAUUUUAAAAAUGGAAAUGUUUGGAACCUUUAGCACAGCUUUGCUUUGGUGAAGAACACACGUCUUCUAGUUCUGCCUUUUUAAGUUUUUGUUCAUGAUGGAUAUGAACCUGUUUUUUCUUUGUGUACAAAAACUAAAAUAAAGUCAAUAAAGACAAUUCUGACUACAAAUUUUGAUAUAGUAGGAUAAAUGGCUAAUGAAUUUGAUCCUUAGAUUACCAUUCCAUUUGUUUUUGUUCUGUCUGCAGUGUUUUACAUCCCUGUGCUUUUUAAGAGAAAUGACAUUUGAAAUACAGUAAGCUGCUUUCAGUUAAACACAUCCUGAAAUUUAACUGUGGACCAGUCAUUACACCCUGUAAGACAGUAGUGGUUUUUCAACAAAUAUGAGGGCAUCAUUCAGAAAACAUACAUGCUCUUGGAAAAAAAUUUUUUUUAAAUAUUUAAUUUUUCUAUAUGCUUAAAGAAACUGAAGUCUGAUACAAAAUAAACUUUUUCAAUCUAAGCUGAAAAACAUUACUGUCUGAGUUAUUUGAGCAAAUUUUGCUGUCCACAUUCAGGCACGUACUAAAACUUUUCAAAUCUGGUUUGCUUUUUAAAACUGUAGUAAUUGCAUUUAAUUUUGAGACGCAAAAAUGUUUUUGCAAGUAUGGUGUUUGUAUUAGUCAGGCAGUCAUACUUGUGCUUUUUUACAUAAAGUUUGAAGGCUACACAUUGUAAAUAUUUAAUAACUACAAUGUUUCAAAAGCAUGCUCAAACAUAGAAGUAGCUUGUAAUUAUUCAAAGUAAUACCUAAUAUACUCUACUGCUUUAAAUGCAGUAGACUGACAAGAAUGUGCAAGACUGACAUUUCCAAAGUUGGCUAUUAUGUAAAGUUACAUAAAUUACUAUACAAAGAGCCUUAAUUUUAAUUUCAUAAAUCUUUAAUGCAUCACCUUUUUGUCAUUAGAAAUCUGAAUUUUUUGCUUUACAUUAUCGGGUAUGUAAAUACCUUCGUUAACAACCUUGUAAGCCUAUUUCAAGGUUAUUAUAAGUUGUAUAGUAUCUUGAGUGUUUUGAAAAAUCUUGGGAUGUUUUUUAAGUCUAGAAAUAUUUUGCCCAAGGAUUUUUUAACAAGAUUGUUAAAAACGUCUUAUUUUACAGAAUAUUCAAUGUGCCAUUUGGUAAAUGGAGAUGCAGUUGAAACAGUACACUGAGUUGUGACUUAUUUUUAACUAAAGUUUUUGUCUUUUUGGGUGGUUUGCAUGUGAUGAACCUGUACAGAGGUUGGGUUGUUUGUGUACUGAGUGUGUAAAUGGAUAAAUCAUGAAGAUGUUUAAAUGGUAUACUUGGGUUAUUUCUGAAUUAUUUUAUGGAUACAUUGAUAUAAACUGCCUCAAUAAAUUUGAAGUUGAAAAUGAAUGUAAGUUAGGUAUAAGUACUGUGUUUUACCUGUGACAGCUAGGGGGUGCAAAUGUUUCAGCUGUAUAUUUGAAUACACUGAGACAAGCACUGAUUUUAAAAAGCAUAUAGGACAUGCUGUGAUAGUCCAGUGAAGUAAACUUGUAUUAAAAAUGGAUUGUUUGUUCUAAAAGGUUUACAAUUCCAGAAGGAAGUCUGAGAAUCCUGAUAUUUUAGUCUGUUCUAUUUCUUUCAUAGAUAUUAUUUUAGUUUCAAGUUAGAAUAGGAUUUUGAAAUAGAAAAUUGCUUUAUUAUAAAUCUAUCCAAGUAGUUAAAAUGACUACACAUAUUACUGUUUUAGAGAAUCAAAUGAUUUAUUCAUUCCUCUUGCAGCCAAAUCACUUAUAGAACCCUUAUCUCUUGGAUCAAGUUGAAAGGAAGGAGUUCUAACAGAAACUAGACAGUGAGCUAAAUUAUACCUGCAGAUACAUAUAUGCAACUUUUGAUGCACACCUUAUGCAUGCAAUGGUGUCUGGAAUCAGUGUGGAACCCCAAGUGCUUCUGAUGGCAGAAGUUGGCCCUUUAUCUCUCUGUUUCUCCUUUACCUGCUGUUCUACUCAAGCUAGAAAUUUGUCUAAAUUUUGUAUAUAUGUAUAUCUUUAAGCGAAGAUCGGCUAAUACAUUGUAGUCUAUAAAUUUCACAAAUAAGUCAGGCUUUUUAUAAUGCUUAUCUGGUUAAAAAAAAUAUUUAAUGAAUCAUGAGUUAUUUGAAUUUGCAAGUUACUUUAAAGUUUGUUGUUUGCUUCCAUGUGAAGAGUAGGGUUUCUCCUUAAGGCUAGGUGUUGGAAUAUAACUAAAGCAGUAAAAUGUUGAUGAUGUGUUUUGAGUUUGUACUGUGACUUGAGCAGUAUGCUCUUUCAUGAGUUUACUCAAUAUUUAGAUGUUGCAGGUACAUCACCACAUAAAUACCCAACUGAAAUUGGGAAGAAAACUAAGGCCUUGAUCCUGCAAGAUCUCAGCACACAGAUCUUCUUAGAAGUCUGAUAUGGCCACUGCAGGACUGGGCUGUAACUGAUGUCUCUUCUCCUCCUCCUGAGAGCCACAGUAUUCUUCUCUCUCAGAUAAUUAAUUUCUUCUAAUGGUUUCUUUUUUAUGCAGCUUUUUAAUACUGAUAUUUCUUUGCAGAAUACUCAAAGUACAGGAGUCUCCAGUGUCUUUAGACUAAUGAUUCCAUAGUAUUGUGAGGAAGAGUUUUUAUACUUUGAUUGCUUUCUUCUCAAUAAUGUUCAUAAAUACACCAAUGACAGUUACCUUUUUUUUUUUUCACCAAAGAGCCUCUUGCACCAUUUUGUUUUUAUGAAUGACUAUGUUGUGAUCCACCAUGCUCUCCAGUUGCCGAAGUCAACCACUACAUUACCCACUAGGAUUUUGGAUUUCAAACAACAUUGAGUUUUCGUGGCUGAAGUUGAGGCAAGGCUGUAAUCAAUGUUUUCAGAAAACAUUUAAAUAAAAGGAAAAAGUUAUAAAUGGUU